UGUGGAGCAGGCUGGGGGUGGGCUGCACGGAGGGAGGGAGUGCGAACAUAGUUCGAGAAUCCUUUGGGACUUCAGCUUUUGGGUUAUGACGUUGGAACGGGGCAAGGCUGUGGCGGGGAGCCGGUUCCGACCCUGGUAGCGGAGAGGAUCUGGACAUGGGGCUGUCCUGUCUGAGCCUCUCUUCCUCCCACCCUUUCAGGCUUGGCUUCGCAACUAUGCUCCCCUCGGGGGUUAAUCCUGAGACCACCGACCGCUUCACGGUGGGGGCGGACGCGGAGGGCAUGGUGCUUAAACAGCGACCUCAGGUGGAACGCAUCUUCCGAGUACGGCUGAGUGUCCUGGAGAAGGUCUUCGAGAGCAGCCCCCACAUCUGGAUGCAGCUGGAGGGGCCCCAGGAGAACGUGGUCCGAGCCAAGGAGUACCUGAAAGGCCUUUGCAAUCCAGAGGUGUGGGAGGAAGUCAGCUACCCUGCAGCCCUGCACUGUGUCUUCUUCGGAGCCAGGGGCCUCUUCCUCGACUGCCUGUGUUGGGGUACCUCAGCUCACAUGGUGCCCCAAGCCCCUGGCUCCCUGUUACUGGGAGGUCUGAUUGAAGCCUUUGUCAUGGCCCAGAGCAGGAUGGAAGAUCUUGUAGAGCAACUGAGGCAAGAUGGUCUCCAGGGGCCACUGUCCAGGAGUUCCAGAGAACAAGUCACUCAGGCCUUCAAGGCCCUGGUUAGGAACUAUGGGGAUGAAUACUCCAGGGCUCUCCUGGAUUUGCCUGUAUCCGUCCAGAAGUGGCUGUUAAACUUGGCAGAAGAGGCGCGUGCGGGGCGAGGGCUGCCAGAAACUCCCCUGGGGGAAGAGAGGAGUUCAGUUCUCUUUGGAAAUGGUGCUUGGGAGGACCCUAUCAGAAAGACUCUGAGCAAGGGCAGAGAUGUCAGGGACAGGAGCUUCCCAUUGGGCACCAGCUCUGUAGAGCAGGAAGAAGGCAGGGAAGGGGUUUAUGCUAGAGAAGAGUAUCUGUCUUCUAAUUCUGAAGAGAGAGACUCAGAUAGACUAUGGUCCAUGGGAGAAAAGGACUCCAGGAAGACCAGAGAACUGGCUGGGGAAAAGGACUGGCCUACACAGAAGCUCUCUGAGCAAAGAAACUCACAGAGAGCAGGGAGUCCCAAGGAGGGAUUCCCUAGGCAGAGGAACUGGGAGAGAGAUGGGAAUGGGGAGAGGAAAACCUGGGACAGAGAAGGGUACUAUGGGCAGAAGGACUGUGGAAAAAGGAGACAUGGCAGGGAGGAGGACCAGGACAGAGUACGGGGUCUGGAAAGAAAGGGCUUGAGGAGAGAGGACAUGCCUGAUGAGGGGCCUCAAAGAGAAGGGCCCCGGGCCCGAGAUCAGUUCCAAAGCCCACACAUAGUCAAGACUGACUUUUUCCUGGGGGCCAACCAGCCUGCAGCUGAAUCCUGUGACCAUUCUCCUCAGAGAGCAGGGGUUGGCCAGCAGUGGAGAGGCACCCCAAGACCUCUCCUUCCCCUCAGCAAUGGAGAAUCCUCACCUCCAGUGGGGCAUGAUCUUCUACCUGGGACCCAACCCACAUGGCAUGAUUCUUCAAAGACUGGGGAUAGGCAGCCGGUGGAACUUCAGGGGCCAGAGUCUUCAAAGGGCAGCUUAGGUGGCACCACUGGUGGCAACUGCGAGGUGACCAAAACCCAGCGCUUUCUGGAGGUCCUGAAGACCCCAUUUUCCUUGAACCUCACUAAUGUGCCUGGUACAGCAGGUCUUCGACAUAUUAUUAUCGAUGGCAGCAAUAUAGCUAUGAUCCACGGCCUCCAGUCUUUCUUCUCCUGCCGGGGCAUUGCCUUAGCAGUGCAGUAUUUCUGGGAUCGGGGCCACCGGGAGAUCACUGUCUUUUUGCCUCAGUGGCGCUUUAGGAAGGAUGCCAACGUGGAAGAAAGUCAUUUCCUGACUAAACUACAGUCCCUCAACCUGCUCUCUGUCACUCCUUCUCGAAUUGUGGACGGGAAGAGGAUUACCUCCUACGAUGACAGGUAUAUGAUAAAACUGGCAGAAGAAAAGGAUGGUAUCAUUGUUUCCAAUGACCAGUUCCGAGACUUGUCAGGUGAAUCUGUGAAAUGGGCAGAAAUCAUCAGAGAGCGUCUGCUGCCUUUCACUUUUGUGGGAAACAUCUUCAUGGUCCCAGAUGACCCACUGGGGCGUGAGGGCCCCACCCUGGAUGAUUUCCUCAAGAAUCCAAAUGGGCUACAGACUUCAAGGGGUCGCUCAACUGGUCUCCGAGAGCCUCCCCAUAACCGACUUUCCCGACCUGGUUCCAGGGCCAGAUCUCAAGUUCGAUCUAAAGCCCACCCUCGACCACUACCUCGACCUCAAUCUCAGCCUCGACCCCACACCAGGGGCCUGACAGAAUCUGAAAUUCAGCCAAAGCAGAAGCAAAAAGAGGAAGAUGAGGGAAUUAGUGGCUUACGAAGGCCAAGAGAGACUGAGCAGCUUCGGCACAAGCUGCUGGAGGUGUUUGGGGGACAGGACCAAAAGGUGGACUUUAUCCUACAGCAGAACCCCUCUACUAGAGACCUCAACCAACUCUCAGAGGCCCUGCUCAGACUGAACUUCUGAGUCCUUUAGUUAAUAGGAGUUAUAGGUAAGGUACAUCCCAAUAAUCUGGACAGUUGGAUCCUACUUCUGGCUUGAGUGAGUUCUGGCAAACCAGGGAUAAAAUGGAGGAGCAGGAAGCAGGGGCUUUUUCCCUUUGGCAGAUUUACCUGACCCCAGAUGGUUAGGAGGCCAGGACUACUCCAUGUCUUAACUUGGAUACUGGAGGAAUACUAUAUACAUUCCAUCAAACUCUGGAAGUCUCAGAGUUAUGAGAUAGAUUACAUGUAGACGUCUCAGGGAGGUAGUGAAAAGUGCAUUUGUCUAGGAAUCAGGCUAUUUGGAUUCUAGGCCUGGGUCUACUACCCUUGGCAAAAGGGUACUCAGGUAUCUCUAGGCUAAACAUAGUUUUAUUUCUCCAUCUGUAAAAUGGAAAUAAAAAUACCAGUUGAGGAGAAAAGAUCUUGAGCAUUACCAUUUCCAGGUAUGGUUAUCUGUCAGUUCACAGGGUUCAUUUCAUUUUAGGUGUAAUUCUUUGGUAUCCAAUUGGGUUCCAAACAAAUGUUGGAUUGGCUUCUUAAUGUUAGAAGUCCUAGACUGCUCCCCUUUUAGAUAAUCCCCAAUCCAAAUGUAUCCUAUAGUUAUAUUUGGGUUUAUGUGUGAUGAUGUAAGUUUACAAAAAAAUUUUCAGGGUUCUUUUUUAAAGCGGCAGCUUUCAUCUAGGUUAUUUGCUUAUUUUAUUAACAACAGUGUGGGUAGUGAUGGUGUGCCUGUGGUUAAACUUGCAGAAGUAUCAGGGAGCUGUUAAGUUGAAAGAGAAUAAAAUAUCUCUGAAGUGAUCACAGGUUUGACUUACUAAAUUCCAAAUAUAGGAGCACUCCUAUAUAUUGUAUAUGAGGUGUACGUGUUUGAUUAUAGUCUAUUUACCUGAAAAAGAGUGGAGGAAGUUGGUUAUCAGAUGUCAAGUAUCUUUGGAGAACGGAUGACUGGAAAGGAUUGAAAUGUCUGAGAAACAGAGAUUCAUGUUUUAUUCCCACCCCUAAUCCAGGAGAUGCUUUCCUGGCUUCUUUACCUCCGAUUUUCUUCUCAGGGAUUCCAAGUACCUUCUGUUACUGGCAUGGUGCUUAAGAUCUCUUGGGGAGCUGUAACUAUGAUGCCCACAUUCAGAAUCUGUUCUCUUCAAAGGGAAACUUCACCAAAUCUUUUGAAUUUGGGGCUUUGCUUGGGAAGACAUUCCCAUUAGUGAUAUCAUUGUAUAAUAAAAGAUCUCCUGGGGAGAAAGAUUUUGUUUAGUAUUUGGUGUGGGGAGGAGUGAGUAAUACUUAUAGUUGGAAUGUGGUUGGUAGCAGGAUAAGGGCCAUAAAAUUUUAAGCCAUAUUUGUUUAUUUAUAAAGUCAUUAAGGCUUGUUUCUGAACCAGAUAUGGCUGGGUUGACAUGUUUCCUUAGACUAAAACAUUGGCUAAAUGUUUUGUGGUUGAGGCUUGCCCAAUGAAGGCAUCCUUGCCUAUUAUUUGGAGCCAUCAUAGACAGUCUGGCUCUACCUCAGGUGCUAAGGGCCCUAGGAAACUGGGCUGAUUUUAGUGCUGUAUCAGGUGGCUGCGUCAGCUCUUGGUUUCUCCAUUUCUAUUUGGAAAACCUUUGAGCUCCUUACAAAAUAACAUUCCCUAUUUAAGGUCUAGAUAGCUUGGCAAUUCCUGUGCUUGCUUUAUAUAUUGAAAUUUUUAUUGUUCUUGUUAAUUCUUACAGAAUAAAGCAUGUCUUUACCACUAUCCCAUUAAACGGUUAAGCUACAA